CUUGUUUGGUGUCGGUUCGACAGAAGUUCAGUGACGAGACACUUACUGGCCCUAAAAACAAAGUGGAAAUAGGUGUGACUUCGGACGAGAGGACCAUUGUGUGCUWCCAUCCUGCUGCUGAUUAUCCUUAUGAGUUCACACAGCCAAUUGAACGACCAGACCCGGUGACCAACCCAGCAGAGACCCAUGAUCAGGUUUUGAAGGCCCACCUGGGCAAGGAGGUGCUGAAAAAUGGACCCACUGAAGAGGAACUGGGCAAGAUGUUUUUCACCACAAAGCAUCGGUUUUAUCCAGUGGGACAGUAUCACACGAGACGCAUCAAGAGAAACACACCAAAGGACAGAUUGAAGUUUUAACUCUGCAGACUGGAAAYGAUUUUGGUUUUGUCCAAGUAUUGUAUAAUAAACUGUCAAAUAUUUCAUAUUU